UUGACAUAAAAAGAGGGUUGUUGUCCAAUUGCAAAUGGCAGAAACUCUUCACAAUAGCAAGCGCAAGCCCAACUGGCUACCGAAGGCGCCCGAACGAAGCAGCAUUGACGACGACUGUACCGGUAGCAUCACAACCGUCCAGAUCUCCAACGUUCGUCAAGUUACGGUAAGAUGGAUGAGUGGAGAAAACAGAGGAGGUACUGACCAAGACCAACUACAGGACGCGGACGCACAGCAGCGAGAAGUUGUUCGCGGUCGCCUAAAUGGGAUCAUAACCGCUUUAACUGAGACGCAACGAAGAUCAGUGCUCCGAACGCUCCAGUCCAAUGCCUCCAAUCCAGGUUCUCUGUUGCCUAAACCCCGCUUUUCGGAAAUUUUUGGGCGAUGCCUCCGUGCACAAGCGAACGUAGAUCGUUUGUAUGACGAUUGCGCCGCUGAUCCGGAAAUAUUUAUUUCAGUGGUUUCGAUUCAAGCCCAAGAACUUCUAACAGCUCUGCACAGAAGACAACGAGCUAGACAACUCGAAGUUCAACGGGCAAAACAACGACGCAUGCAAGAAAUAGCCGAGGGAAUUGGGGGCAUUGUGCAAGUAAUUGCUUCAAACGGAGAUCAGGUUGCACACAUUGUGGAGGCGUUGACGUAUCUAGCGGUUGACUCGACUCCCCUUACGUUUGAUGAUUUCGAACAUUUUGUACAGGAUGCUGGGGCACAGUCUUUGGCUUCAAUGCGUGAUUCGGUUGAGCAGUUUGUCGAGAUCUUUAACCGGAAUUUGGUCGAAUCUGGAGAAGAAUUGACUCGUCUUAGUGCUGCAAUUGAGAACAGACGUUUACCUGGAGGUCCAGAAGCCGUGGGUCCUGCUGGUGAUGAAGUUUCGGACUUGUCUGGCAAGAAAGCAACUAUUCAAUGGACAAGGGACGCAACGAUACUUCUGCUGUACUGUAUUUCUUGCAAAAUAAUAGCCGAUCCUUAGCCUCAGUCACUCUGUCACUCUUUCUGGUUGGAAGCUGAUGAAUAAUCUUAAACACAAAGUAGAAGCUUGAAUAUUAGUAGAUUAGUACUUUUGCUACA